AUGUCUACCGCACCCCAAAUGAUCCGUCGUGACUCUGGUUUCGAAGACACCUUCCAGAUAAACUUGAACAAACAUGCCGACUUCUUUUCAAUCUCCUUAGAGGAAGCAUUCCCAAAGGUUUCCCAUGACGAAAUUAAACUUCCCUCGUACCACAAAAGGACCGACUUUUUCUUAAUCAAAUCCUCAUCGUGUUCGUUUGAAAUUACCGCUGAUCAAGAAAACUUUUCAGAGUUUAACGCGAAAUUCGAGAAAAUUCAGUGCGAAUCAUCCUACGACUUUGACGACUUUUGGAAGUCCCCGUUAGAUUUCUGGUUAAAACCAGUACCUUUUGAAAAGCGUAUCGUUCCAUAUUAUGGAAACAAACCUAGUCUUAAAUCCUCAAUCACAAAGAGAACUUCUUGUUCCUUCUUCGUCGAACUAGAAUAA